AUGAAUAAUAAUAUACAAAACUCUAGCCAUAUUCGUAUUAAUGAGUUGAAGCAAAGAAAAAUUGAUCCUCUUGCCAAGAUUGUUGAUAAUACAAAUUUACAUGGAAGAUACCCUAAAUCCGACGACAUUAAAUUAAAUUCAUCAGGUAUUGGUAGUUACCAUGAUGUAUACGCAAGCAGAAGUAACCCCGAAUUGGGAUACUCCAAUGAAUCAAUAAGUUCAGCUAUACUGAAUGAAAUGAUUCCUGCUUUGGAUAAUUCUACAUUGCCUUCAAUGUAUGUGACAAAAGAGAUUUCGCAGCCAUCUUUAUCGAGCGGUUCCAAUCCACGCUCUUUGCUUGAUGGUAUAUCAAGCUACGAAGAUUAUCGAGAAGAUUCAAAGCAAAGAGCGAAUAGUUUUGACAAUGAUAGAACUAUUUAUGAAUUUGCCAAUGAAGUUUUUGAGCCAGAAGAAAUAUAUGAUGGUAAUUUUGAACAAGUUUCCACUCUCUGGGGUAUUGAGAAUAAUAAGUUCGGUCACAAUGAUGUGAAGGCAACGGAUAAUUAUCAUUAUGACCAGAAGGAAUGUAUGGGUCGUUUGAACAUGAUGAAUUCGACGACAGACUCUAUAGAAAGUUUAGCCACGAAUGAAUAUAAUGAAAAGCAAGUCGAGUACUCUCCAGUACCAAAAUUUAAACAAGAAUUAUACUUAACAGAAGAUUCUAUGACUAAAAAAGAGAAAAAAGGUAAAGAUAUAAAAAAUAGAAUGGUCUCUGACAGAUUUAGGUUGACAUGUGUGAACGAUCACAUCAAAAUAUCAAUUAAGGAAUCAAGCAUACAAUGCUUAUCAAUUACCAUUGACUACAAUGGAUAUACAGGAAGACCCAUAGGGGCACCACUAAUGAAUAAUAAUUUGAAGAAUGAGGCGAUUAAUCUUAAUACAAAACAAUCGGCGGAUGUGAAAUUAAUCGAAGUCAUAAAAACAGAGUCUCUGAUGAUCCAACCUCCUCCCAUGUCAACAUUAUGGCAAAGAGUCAAAUAUUCCAGAGAUAUAAGCGAGCUAGAAGAUACGAUAACGAACAUUGUGUACAAAAAAAGCUCAAUUUACGAUUUGAAUAAUCCUUAUGAACCUCAGUAUUACAGAUUUGAGUUGGACGAGUUUGGUGAUUUAGUUAAUGAAAGCAAGUGUGGAAUGUGUGCUUACUGUGAAAAAGUCAAGUUUCUACCAUUCAAGAAUUCUAGUUACUUGUCUCAUCUAACAUUAGAGCAUGGAAUUUUCUCCAAUAACUAUUUGACUCCAGAAGGAGUUUGCUAUGGUAGAUAUCUUAUCACCAAAAAUUCUCAUAUUUACGACAGUGAUACUACUCCAAAUUCUGAAAGCCCCGAAGAUACCAAUGGUAACAUAAUAAAAAAGCGAACAUCCCACAAACCUCGUAUAACCGAGGCUCUUGCAUGUCCUGCUUGUUACGAAAUUAUAGAAGUUGGAUGCUGGAAGAUGAAAUCAAACCCUUUAUUGAGCUAUUUUAGGCAUUUCAAGAAACACCACAAAAAUCUUACAACUCAACGGGCAAACUUCCAAACAAAUCCUUUAUUAACAAUAUCAAAAAGGGGGAGAAAGCUACAGAUAUUGGAGUCUUAA